UCGUAAAAAUGGAAUUUUCAGUUUUGUAGUAAUUUUCCAAGAUUUUCACGAUGAGGAACGUAAAUCCUCAUCUCUUGGAGGACAAAAUGGACGAGGCGGUGACGCACUACAUCACCCACCAGCCCAGUGAAUCCGUUCAUGUGGACGCAAACACACUGGCGCUGAACAUACAAGAGGACGAAGGCAGCCGAGUCGUGACAGUCAUGCCACAGAACUUCAGUCAGCAAAUGUGCCGACAAGUAUCAGUGGGGGAGCACGUGGAAGGGUGGGGGGAAGAAAUGCUAGACCCAGACGGCCGGCUAGCAGCCAUUGUGGCGCAGCUCGCCAAGUCCGGAGCCCCGCAUUACCACCCACCACAUAAGCUAACCUCAGUGAGAGGUGAUGUGGAGUCCUCAGUUAUGCUAGAUGGCCAAUUGAGGCUUUUCAACGCGCAAACUUUGGAGCAGCAGGGUGACUCGAUAGUUGUGCAAAUGCCAUCACUGCCACCUUUACCACCGCUGCAGGAGAUGAAGCGGUGCUCCGAUGCUGACUGGUUCAACAAAUCCAAGAAUAACCUCAAGACCAACAGCGUGCUAGACUCCGAAGGCCAAGUCCUGGAGUUGUCAGAUGCUUCGCCGGGCCAGAACCGGCAGCCCAGCAAGAAGAGCCUGCCGCACAAGAAGCGAAUAUCACGGAAACUGAAGCGGAAUACUGGCAACACUACUCCGCAGCAGGACAUAGUAGUGAUCAGCUGCAACGACGAAGUGCAACAAGAGGAAAUACUUCCCGACAACUAUGUGACUCAAGUGCAGCACCAAACACAUCUCGCUGACGACGCACACAAUAUCACGCACGAGGUUCGGCCAGUGCUAAUAUGCUGCAUAUGCGGCGAGUACUACGGCGAGGAACAGCUGAAGUUCUACCAGCAUCUCAAACAGCACUAUGAACCACACGCCACCAUCAUUAUCGAGAACCCUGUGUCUGACCUGGGAAUAGAUAAGAUGACCAACACCUGUAUAGAGGACAAUGUCGCAAACCUACCAGACUCAAUAGUCGAACUAUCUUUAGAAAACACCGUCCCUAAAACUAUGUACCAAACGAUGGACAAACACAUCCUGUACACGUCAAGCGACAAGACGCUCCAAUACUCUAGUAAUAAGCUCCAAUAUUCCAUGGCAAGUAUGGAUAAAGAGGUGCCGAGUAACGAAGUGGAGAAAGCGGACUUGUAUGAUACUCUGGAUAAGUUGGAGAUGUAUAAUUGUAUGAAGUGCAAUAAGACGUUUAGAAAACAGAAGCAGUGUGAGGCACAUAUUAAGGAAGUACAUGGAAAACUGGAGGAUAUGGGAGAGUUCAGUGAGCCUGAGGACCUGAUGGAAGGGAUCCACGUCGCCGUCGAGGGGGUGGAGCCCGCGGAGGGCGAGUCCUACGAACAGUCCCUACUUCCCCACCUCACAGUGGAGAACGGGACCGUUCAUCAAGAACACGUGAGGCACUGGUACAUGCGCGGCAACCAGCCGACCGCGUGCGGGCCGGACGCGUACUGUCCGGUGUGUCCGGCGCGGCCGGACCACCAGAACGACUCGCAGCUCAAAGAGGAAGUCUUCCAAAGAAUAUUCGACGUAGAAGUGCCGGCGGCUGAGAACUCCAAUUUCGCCGACAACAUAAUACCGGACACCGAGAUACCGGAGCCCGAGAAACCGGACGAGAAGCCCGAGAAAGGGAAGAAGGGGAAGAGCUUCGAGUGCCCGCAGUGCGGGCGCGUGUUCCAGCACAGAAACAGCCUGUUGUACCACGUGCUAUCACAUAAGGGGAAGCAACAUGUAUGCCGCGAAUGCAAUAAGGGCUUCUACACGUCGGGCGCACUAAAGAUCCACAAGCGAGUGCACAACGGCGACCGGCCCUACAAGUGCGAAGAGUGCGACCGAGAGUUCCGGCAGUGGAGCGACCUCAAAUACCACAAGGUGUCGCUACACUCCAACCAGAAACAUUUCAAGUGCGAGUUCUGUAGCAAAGAAUUCGCUCGCAAAUAUUCGCUGAGCGUCCACCGGCGAAUUCACACCGGCGAGCGCAACUAUAAGUGCGAGUAUUGCAACAAAAGCUUCCGCGCCUCCUCCUACCGGCUCUCGCACAUGCGGACUCACACAGGCGACAAACCGUUUAAAUGCUCGACGUGCGGCAAGUGCUUCCGCGUGGCCGGCGACCUGCGCCGCCACGCGCUCACCCACGACAAGCUCGCCCGCGACAAGCACCCGCGCGUCAAGCACCAACCCGACAAGUCACCCAAAAAACCAAAGGACAAAGACCACAAGAAAAAACCGACCACCACCACCACCAAACUACCCAUCCUAAAAAGCAUCCUGGACAAAAAAUCACCCAAAAGCAAAAAGAAAAUCGGCGCACCCAACGUUACCGUCGAUCCUGACAAAGAGUUCAAAAUCAAUAGCGAAUUCACGAACAAUGUGGAAGUAUUCGACAGUAGAAAUUACAAGUUUAAAGAGAUUUAUGUGGGCAAAGAGGAACAAUUACGGCAGUAUGAGUUAGAAGAUAGGUUACCCGAUGAGAGGAAUUUUGCAGUGCUCAAACCUAUGUUCAGACCGAACGAUUCUAUAGAACCGGAGAAAGUUUACGACAGGAGUGAGAAUACUGAUGGUAAAAUGGCCGUUUUCACGCAAGUAGAAAAGAAGGAAUAUGCCUCGAUAGUGUCAAAUACACAGGUCACACUGGCUGAUAUUAAUAGACAUUUGGAGAGAGAGCCGAGGGAAGUUAGGAGCGACAGUCUGAACGGAGAGGCGAUAGAAAAUGGAAUACUUGAGAGGUUGGCGGCUUUGUACAAUAUACCGGCGGUAUGAGAGAUGUGUGUCCUUCGAACAAAUUCAGUUGUACCUGUCUAACUCCGUGGCCUCCGCGAUGAAACAGUUUAUAAUUCCAUUAUAAACUAUAUAUCUGACCGACAAGUAAACUAAAUGUAAAAAAAUGUAAUGAAUCCGUAACUCUACGCUGCGCUUAAAAACGCGCAUUACUGAUGUUGGAACUAAGUCCGCCAAGCUGAAAUGGGACUGGGCCGGCCAUGUCUGUCGCAUGCACCCAGAGAGGUGGGCCAGCCAGAAGAGCUGGUAGGCCCAGACGGAGAUGGCGGGACGACCUGGACGCAUAUCUUAACGACUGGCCGGAGGUUGCUCAAAACCGAGACGAGUGGAAAUCGAGGGGGGAGGCCUUUGCCCAGCAGUGGGACACCGUAUAGGUAUAUAAUAAUAAUAAUAACGCUAAAAGAGCAAUUGAGGGUGGUAUUCCAUCUGCCAAUUAAUACGGUCCAAUGUCAUUGCGUCUCACUCUCUCAUUAAGCAAAAUGUGGGACAAAAUACAUGUUGGACAUUUUUUUGACCGGAGAUUAGUUCAUUUGCGAAUGAACCAUUCAGUUUAGAUCCUUACGGAAGGACCAAACUUAGUGAAAUUUACUUUUUUAUUUAAGCUUUUUACUAACUAAAUUGUAAGAAAUACGACCUGAUGAUGUACCUAUUGUAUUUAAAUGUACAGUGUAGAACAUUCUAUAUAAUUAGGUAUAAGUGUUGAUAAUGGUGACAUUUACGCAUAGUUACUGUUUUCAAAUAAAAGGGGUGCGUCUUAUCUGAACGAAAUAAAAUACCUUUCCGAAAAUUAUAAUGAUCGUGUAUAAAUAUGUAUACACGACCUUAUUGCCCAUAAAUUAUAUUAAGGUAGUGUAUACAUAUUUUAGGAACUUUGUCCGUAUCGAUAUUUGUAGACGUGGCUGUAUUAUUAUUCUGUGGCCUUAAGAUGACUGGAUCGGUAUAAUUUGUCUUGCAGAAAGGUCUCUAGGUACUUCCUUUUCAAAUGUGCAUAUGAAUUUGAUCCUCCUACAAAUGGGCAUUAGAUGAGUGUAAAUUUGAAAUCAACGGUUCUUUUGGUGAUAUUUAAGUAUUACAAAUAUAAAAUUAUUGUUUCAAUAUAGGGUUAAUGCUGAACUGCAUAAUUGUUUCCAUUGUAUUUUCUCGGAAACGUUCGUAUUUGUCAUACUACUUCAGUCAACCUCAGUACUUUUUGUACCGAGACUGACUGAAUAAGCAAGACACGUUCGUACGUUUCCGUGAAAAUACGACGGAAAACAAUUAUGCAGUACAUCAGACUGUACUCGAUACUGCCCCUAUUAUUUGGCAUCUUUAAUCAUAAUAAUAGUUAUUUUUGUGUUCCUAACAAAUGUAUGACGUCGGAACAAGCUAACACUGCACAUACUUUACAGUGACAAAGUGAAGUAGUGUCAUCACAAACGUCCAAAUACUAUGAGAAUAGCACGUUAAUAAUGGCAUUUUCACACCGUCAAAGUAGGUAAUGAGUUAGCUUAGACGGAAUCUAGCAAUAAAUUAUUAUAAUAAAAGUAGGCUAAGAGUUAGUCCCGGAAAAUCGUUGAUUCUGAUAUUUAACUCCAUAUUCCAUAAAUAACGAUACUUUUACCUAAAUGGUUAAUUGAAAGUACCAUCAAGAAAUGCUAUAAAAGUUAAACUUAGUCAUGUUUAAAAAAAAACAUGUAAAGUAUUUAACUAUCCUCGUAUUCGACAUGAAAAGUAGUGUUUAACUGGGGUUAAAGGCAGCAUUUCAGCCUCGGACUAUUGGCGCUCUCACUGCAUUCGAAUGCCAAACUACCUCAGAAGAAAUGAGUGCCUUUCAUCUCUUGGUUAACAAUCUACCGUCGACAUCACUUGGUUUUCUGCAUAAAACACCUAAAGAGGCAGAGGUCCACAACGCUUGAUGUCAGGUGUCAUUACUGUUGUAUUCGUUCCGAUUGUAUCGAAAUCGAAGUUGCUGUAAAACUUCACAAAAAAGGUUUAGAGUCUGAUUCUGUGAUCUAGAGUCCAAUGUCAUCUGGAAUGAAGUAUAGUUAACUAGACAGAUAGCCUACCGCGAACCACGUUCGACGUGUUGCCUCUCUGUCGCACUUGUAAAUUCAUACGUAAGCGUGACACCGUCAACACGUCGAAAGUAGUUCGCGGUAGGCCCUCAGGUUUGUUUCUCAAAAUCGUUAACCAUUUUCCGGGACUAGUUCUCUGUCUAUAAUGGUGGUCACACACUUGCUGUUAUAUAUAACUUUAUAUAACAUUGUGUGACAAGGACGACACUAGUGUUUUAUUAUGUUGUCCCAGUGACACAAUGUUAUAUAACGGUAUAUAACAGCCAGUGCGGGACCACCAUAACAUAACAUCACAUAAUAUACUGUGGGACUGUAUAAAUAGCAUAAUAAAAUGACCAAAUUACUAUUGAUCAAUUGAAGAGUGUAAACAUUUUUUUCGUUGUAAAUAUUUUUUACACAUUAUUUACAUCAGUUUUCUCAUAUAGAUAUAUUAUAAUUAUCUUAUAUAAUUGUGUAAAAAUGACUGAUAGCUGUAUAAAUUAGUUUAUAACUUAAAAGUCAUAAGAACACUUUCUUAAAUAAUAAUAAUAUUUAAAUGAUCGCCGCAGCUCUAGGUAAUAGGUAGAUAGGUACCUACUGUAAUAUAUCUAAUAUCUAAUAUAAUAUGAAAUAUGAAAGUUCUAGAAAAAUACCUUUUAUAUGAAAGGCUUUUUGAAGCCCAUCACGAUUAAUUUCUAUAUGAAGCAGAAACGUACAAAACGAUACCGCAAUACUUAGAAAUAUAAAUGGAAAACAUCCGUAUCGGGCGAAACUGGAACUUGGGACUCCGAGAUAUCAACCCGCCUCUGUACCAACUAAGCUACCGAUACUUACUCGUUGACAGCUAGAGCGUAGUGUUGAGAUCUUAUCAGCCAGCGGGCUAGUACAGUCAGCAGCAGAAGUUGUUAAACGGGCGAGGUGUUCAAAACGAUUUUGACGCUACUUUAUUGUUAAGAGAAUAAGAGCGUGUCAAGGUAAUUUUGAACACCUCGCCCGCUUAGCAACUUCUGCUGCUGACUUUACAAUAUGUUAUGUACGACCGUAAUCUGUUAAACAAAAGCCACAUUGUUUCUUUUCUGCGAGCGGUGGACUCCCGUUUUGAGCGAGUGGCAAAGCAACAAUGUCGUUUAAAAAGCUGCUGUAUCGUAGUGGUUUUAAGGUUAAAAUCUAUGUACGCUCGCCUACAUUGAGGUGGUCGAUCGUUCUACAUUAAUCUUAAAACCACCACGAUACAGUCGCUUUUUAAACGACAUUGUUGCUUUGCUGUAUGUCGAAAAUUCGUAUUAACGCAUUCACUGCCAGGGGGCGUGGCCUAGGAACAAACUUGUAUGUCGGUGGACACACAUGUGCGUCGGGGGCAGUGAAUGUGUUAAGUAUAUCCCGGAGUCGCGAGUUAGAAACUCGACCGAGACAGGAUCUCAUUGCCAAUUUUCCUUUAUUUUGAAGCAUUUUUAGGAUGUGUAAAAUUACUAAUGAAGACCAUAAAAGUGAUGGCAUUAAACUGGGUAGGGGUUUUUUGUGGAUGAUUAAUUAAUUAAAUGCCUAGGUGUGAAUAAUUGAUGUACAUUACCUACUAAAACUUGAAAACUGUAUUAUACUAUUGUACAUUUUUGUAAUUUACAUUUAAUAUUAGUUAAAAAAAGAAUAAACAGGAUUUCUAUUA